GUCAUGUCCACUGAGGUGAUCCAGUCCAGUGGGGGCGGUAUGGGGCAGCGCUCUGAGCUACACAUGUCUUCCAACUCGUUCUCCACCUCCACCUCCUCCUCAAGCUCCUACUCCAUCAGCUCCACACGUCUGAGAAAGGUCUCUCAAACCUCCAGGCUGCUCGAGGAGCAGUCAGGAGUGCAGCGUAAGAUCUCAGGUGUGAUGGAGUCAUUCAGUCAGGUGCAAAAGAGCUCUGAGAUCCCUGCAGGAGAGAGCAUUCCAGAUUUCGAGGACAGGCCUCGCUCUGUUACAGGUCAAGAAGGGAACAAAGCUGCGUUUAAAGCAAAGGCAUCCGGCAACCCCAAACCAACUGUAACCUGGACCAGAGAGAGCGGCAAACCGAUGACAGAGGGUGCCAGGACCUUCUAUGAUGACAUCAAUAAGCAGUAUGUGUUAAAGAUUAAAAACCUGACCAUGGAGGAUGCUGAUGUGUACAAGUGCAUUGCAUCUAAUUGCCAUGGGGAUGCUAUAUACUCUGUCUCACUUGUUGUGACUGAAAAUCCAGCACUGGACUUUAAGAAAAAGUUGAAGAAAAGGAGUGUGGAGAAGAAGGAGAAGAAGCCUCCCACAGAGGAGGAGAUGCUGAAGAUCCUGGCCGGGGCUGAGAAGAAAGACUACGAGCGCAUCUGUGCAGAGUAUGGCUUCACUGAUUUCAGAGGAAUCCUCAAGAAACUCAAAGAGAUGAAGAAGAAAGUGGAUGUGGAAAUGGUGCGAGUUUUGAAACCCUUGGAGAAUGUAACAGCGAAGGAGGACUCUAAUGUAGUUUUUGACACUAUUCUGGAGCUGAAAGAUCCGAAUAUCAGGAUGCUGUGGUUUCAGGGCGAGGAGCUGCUGCGGAUUCAGUACUCUCUCGGGAAGUAUGAAGUUAAACAGCUGGGUACUAAGCACAUGCUGUGUAUCUCCAGCGUGUGUCUGGCAGACUCUGGCACAUACUCUCUAAAAGUUGGAGACAAGAUCCUGUCGGCCAAGCUGACUGUCAUAGAAGAGCCUUUGAAGUUCGCGACAGAUCUGAAGCCCCUGCGAGUGACGGAGAGACAGACCGCUGUGUUUGAGGUGCAUCUCUCCAAGAGGGCUGACACCCCUCCGGUGUGGAAGUUUAAAGGGAAGGAGCUAAAGCGAGAUGAGAAGUUCGAUGUGUGUGUGUCUGAGGACGGCCUCACUUACACUUUAAAGAUCAAGGACGUGCGUCCCAGCGACACUGGGGACUUUACUAUCAGCAUCGGAGACUUGACCACUACAGCCCAGCUCUUCAUUGAACGGAUCCCAAUCAAGUUUGUGAGUCAUCUGAAGAACGUACGAGUGAAGGAGAAAGGCAAGGCCAGGCUGGAGGCAGAGAUGAGCUCCAAAGACGUUCAGGUGAGGUGGCUGAAGGACGGGAAAGACAUCACUAAUAACUCACGCUACAUCUUCAUGAGGGAAGGCAAGAGGGCUGAGCUCAUCAUGGAAGACUGUGAACUGGAAGACAGAGGAGAAUAUUCCAUCGUCUGCACUCAAGAUAAUGACAGCAAUAAAUACGUCAGCUCCUCCAACCUCACUGUGGAAGAGCGCUUUGCCACAGUGAAGAGCAGCAUGUCAGAUGUUCAGUGUCCCUCAGGAUCCCCCGCAGAGCUCUGUGUGGUUCUGGAUGAUGAGAAAGUAGAUGGUGUCUGGCUGAAAGAUGGUAAAGAGAUCACGGAUCUGAGAGGGGUCCAGGUGGUGAAGCAGGGUGCUGUUCAUAAACUGCUGAUCAGAAACGUGGGAGAUGAACACGAGGGCCAAUACACCUUCAGAGCGAAAGGAGCGGAGAGUGAGGCCGUGCUGAAUAUAGCCAAUCCCCCUGUUAUUGAUCCCGCUCUGCUGGAGAUGCUAUCCAGCCAGCCGGUGACUGUGAAAGCUGGAGAGAUGGCCACGAUUAAGAUCCCUUUCAAGGGCAAACCUGCACCAAAGGUAACUUGGUACAGAGACGGGCUGGAGCUGGUCGAGGACAGACGGGCAGUGGUGCAGCGGGAUCGAGAUUCCAGCACAUUAGUGAUUCAUAAAUGUGUGAGAGAGGACAGCGGAACUGUCAUGCUCAGACUGAAAAGUGACUGUGGAUCAGCCAGUGCCACUGUGCAGCUGAAUGUGAUUGACCGUCCUAAACCACCACAGGGUAAAGUGGAUUUUCUGGAAUGUAGUGGCAAGUGCAUUACAAUGAAGUGGAAAGCACCACGGGACAACGGGGGCAAAAAGGUGACCAGUUUCGUCAUUGAGAGACGCAUGACUGGAAAGAAGUCAUGGAUCAAGGUUGGAGAGGUGGAUGGAGACAUCACCACCUUCUGUAAUGACACGGUGGAGGAGGGGAAGCCGUACCAGUACCGCAUUAGAGCAGUGAACUCACAGGGUCUGAGUGAUCCUUUGGAGACCGAGCAGGUCUAUGCUGGAGAACCUAUUGAACCUCCUAGUUUGGUCCCUCAGCCCCAGAUCAGUGAUGUAACUAAAGAUUCAGCCACAGUCACAUGGACUAAUCCGGCCCAGGACGGUGGUGCUCCUGUUCUGGGUUACAUAGUGGAACGCAGAAAGAAAGGAAGCAGUAUGUGGAUGUCCAUCAGCAAGGAACUAAUCCAAGACACAAAGUGUGUGGUAGAUGGCUUAGUGGAGGAUAUGGAGUAUGAGUUCAGAGUGACUGCUGUCAACAGAGCUGGAGAGGGGACACCCAGUGCCUCAUCCAACACAGUGCUGGCCAAGGAUCCCACACGAGCUCCUGGUCUGGUUGGGAAAUUUCAUGUAAUAGACUCCUCUAACACCUCCAUAUCUCUGGCCUGGUGUUCUCCUGAGCUGGGAGACAACCCAACCGGAUAUAUCCUGGAGAUGCGCCCUGAAGAUGGGAAGGAAUGGGCCAAAUACACAAAGAUUCCCAUCACUGGUACCUCCUACAAUGUUGGUGGCCUGCAGGAGCGGAUGAAGUACUAUUUCCGUAUCAGAGCUGUCAAUCAGGGGGGCAUUGGAGAACCAAUAGAGCUGGAGCAUGGUGUUCUUGCUCUGCCACCACCAGAACCCCCAAAGUUUAAUCUCCAGGGCAAGGUGAAACAUCAGAUUUUGGUGCGAGCUGGAUGCACACUGUGUAUCCCUGUGUCCUUUAGUGGCUCUCCUCCUCCAGAGGUCACCUGGCUGAAAGAUGGUGUUCCAACCAGAGGCCAGGAGGUCAUUUCUAAGGGGAAGAACGAUUCGCAGUUCAUGAUUACCUCAUGUCAGCGCUCUGAUUCUGGAGUGUACCGUGUUAUCCUCAGCAAUGACUGCGGGGAGGUUCACUACGACAUCAGCGUCCGUGUCACUGAUGCUCCUCGUUCUCCUAAGAACUUGCAUCUGGUAGAGGAGGUCCAGGGUACAGUAACUCUGCAUUGGGACCACACUCCGGACCUCACUGAAGAUGAGCACACUCAUUAUAUCAUCCUUAAGAGAGAUACCAGUACAACCACCUGGUUUACGGCUGCUGAGCACGUCUUCAGCAGCAAGUACACCGUCACUGGCCUGUUUCCUGGCCGCAAGUACUACUUCCGAGUCAUCGCACGCAAUCUCAUUGGGGACAGUGAUCCUCUGGAUGCAAAGGAGCCUUUCAGCAUCGAAAAGGAGCAUGAAAACCUCACCUUGCAGAUGAAGCCCUUCACCCAUAAGCAUCAUGAGGUCAAGCCUGGGAUCCUCUUGCCCCUGAAGAACCAUGCUGUUUGCUCUGGCAAUGACUGCACCAUGAGCUGCGCCUUCUUUGGCUUCCCCGUCCCGCAGGUCUCCUGGUUUAAGGAGGAUGUGAGUAUUUUAGACAGCCCUCGCUACUGGCAGAGCAGCACUGAUGGAGUCUGCACCCUCACCAUCCCCACCUGCACAGUUAAGGACAGCGGAGAAUACACCUUGCUGGUGGAGAACAAGCUGGGGAAGGCCAAGUGCAAGUGCAGCCUUGUGGUCUUCGAUAAGGAUGAUAACAGACUGCUGGAGCACCUGACUCAGGAAUCUUGGAAAGAAAAGCUCAUCAUCUAAGGGAAGCACAAUCCAAAGCACCUGUCUGGAAUUAUUAGCUGAAUGCAUAAAAAGUAAAAUGCACAUUUUAUCAAAUCUUUCUCAGUGGGUUGUUUAAGAUGCAUCUGAUUUAAAAAACUAAAAAACUGAAUAGAAACACAAAGCAUGUUUUCAGGUUUGCUUAAUUAAACUUAAUCUUUAUUACUAACAUUAAUACAAAAAGCAAAUAAAAGAAACAAAUAUUGAAUCUUAUGAUUAGGUUCUUUUCUUCUAACUAAAAAUAUGCCCUCUAUAUAUUCAUAUAUGCAUAAAAAAAAUGCCCAAAAUGUUUUGUUUUUUUUUUUGGUUUGCCAAUUACUUGAUUUUAAUAGUGAACAAAUUGUAAAAUGUGUGAGUGUAAAGAACCUUCAUGUGUAACCCUCCUGUUAAUUAAUUUAUGGAUUACAAUAGCUGGUUUAAAUUUUUAAAGGUAGAACAAGAAAAUAUUUUUAAUCAUUUCUGCAACAUGAAAUUACUAGAGUAAUACAUAUCAAAGCUGUCCAAUAAAAAACACUUGGUACACUUGAAACAGCAACUUUACAGGAGAGAGAAAAAAACCUUGUAAAUUUUCAAUGGAAGUCAAUGUUUAAAGGAGUUUAUUUCAGGUCAUUUUGAACAGUUUCUAUUGGUCCAUCAAGAAACUUUGGCACAGUGUAAGGGACAGUUUGUCUGUUUAAAUUAUGUAGUAAACUGAAAAUCGACAAAAACGAAGAUAAGUGUUUUUCAUUGGACAACGAUGCUUACAGUACACACAUUUCCAGUCAGUUUGACCCAGUAGUGAUGAUAAAGUCUUUAAACGGUAAACAUUUAGAACAAAACUAAAGCCAAUUUUUAAAAGUUACUCAGUGAAUCAUAAUCUGUGAGGGGGGAAAUUUUUAAUUAUACCCAAACUUAUUUUCAUAUUAAUUGAAGUAAAGAUUAUAAUUAUUGGGGAGAAAACUUUUGAUGUCCUUUUGGUUUGUUAAAUAGUGUGAAACACAGGUCAGUUUGACCAGGAAACAUUACAGCUGGUACUGGAAAUUUGAAAUUGAGCAAAACAGGAGGGUAAAUAACCACCAGAUAA